AUGGCCGACGACGACGUGCGCGUCGCGCUCCUCGGCGACGUGACCGUCGGCACGACACAAGAUGCGAACUUCCAGGCGGCGCUCGGCGGGAACCGCCUCGCCCUUUUGGAGCGCCACGGCGUCGUCGUCGCCGGCGUCGGCCGCGAGCUCGCGUGCUUCGCGCUGCGGGACCUCGAGGCGGCGUGCUGGGCCCAGUACGAGGCGCGCGCCGCGGGCAAGGGCUCGAGCAAGCGCGGCGGCGGCGCGGCCGCGCCGCGCGCGGGCGCGGCCGACCUGGGCGGCCCGGUGGGCCCCGUCGCCGGCUCCGGCGGCAACGUCGUCGCCGCGGGCGUCGGCGCGGAGCUGCGCUGCUACGCCGUCGAGGCGGGCCACGCGCUGCGGCUCCUCAAUACCUUCGACUGCGGCGGGCCCGUCGUCGACUGCGCGUGCAGCCCCGACGGCGCGCGCGUCGCCGCGGCGACGGCCGGCGGCGGCGGCUGCGUCGUCGACGUCGCGUCCGGCGCCCGCGCGCCCCUGCCCGGCGGCGCGCUCGCCGUGGCCUUCGACGCGGCCGCGGGCCGCUGCGCCGUCGCGACGGAGAGCGGGCUCGCCCUCGUCGAGGCCGACGGCGCGUCGGCGAGCCUGCCGGCGCCGGACUUCGAGGACGGCGCGGCGCGGCGCGCGCACGCCGUCGCCUGGCUCGACGCGGGCCACGUCUUCGUCGGGUACCGCGACGCCGCCGGGGGCGACGACGCGCUCGCGCGCGCGGCCGUGCACGCCGUCGCCGCGGGCGCGGCCGCGCCGUUCGCCGAGGACGAAGUCGUCGCGUUCUUCGACCGCGAGGCGCCCGGCGCGCCCCACGGCUUCCACGUCGCCGCCCACAGCGACGCGUUGGCCCUCGUCGCCUGCAACCUGAGCCGCGACGUGCGCGUCGUCCGCGCGGACCCGGACGAGCCCGGAAGCUGGUACGUGCACGAGGCCGUCGACGAGGCGCUCCUCUGCUGCCAGACGCCCUGCGUCGCGGCCGCGGACGGCGACGAGGUCGAGACGCUCGUCGCGGGCCUCGCGUUGUCGCGCUGCGCGUCGCGGGCCGCGCCGCCGCGCGACCCGCAGACGCCGCCCGACGCCGGCGCGGCGCCCGCGCCCUUGGCGCUCGUGCUCUCGACGGCCGGGCUCCUGUCGCUCUACGCGCUCGCCGAGGACGACCCGUCGCGGGCGGCGCCGCGCACGCCGCGGCCCCUCGACGCGCUCCCGCCCGCGCCCGCGGCCGCGGGCCAGACGGCGCUCGCGGGCUUCGCGCCGGCCAAGGCGCCGGAGAAGCCCGCCUUCGGCUUCGCCGCGGCGCCGGGCGCCGCGCCGGGCUUCUCCUUCGGCGCGCCCGCGGCCGCGGCGCCGGGCGCCGCGCCGGCCUUCGGCUUCGCCGCGCCCGCGGCCAAGGCGCCGUCGGGCUACCCGCCCAUGGCGACCAAGGCGCCCAGCAAGCUGCCCUUCGGCGCGCCCGCGCCGGCGGCCAAGGCGCCUGCUGGCUACCCGCCCAUGGCGACCAAGGCGCCCAGCAAGCUGCCCUUCGGCGCGCCCGCGCCCGCGGCCAAGGCGCCUUCUGGCUACCCGCCCAUGGCGACCAAGGCGCCGAGCAAGCUGCCCUUCGGCGCGCCCGCGCCCGCUCCGGCGGCCAAGGCGCCGUCGGGCUACCCGCCCAUGGCGACCAAGGCGCCCAGCAAGCUGCCCUUCGGCGCGCCCGCGCCCGCUCCGGCGGCCAAGGCGCCGUCGGGCUACCCGCCCAUGGCGACCAAGGCCCCCAGCAAGCUACCCUUCGGCGCGCCCGCGCCCGCGGCCAAGGCGCCGUCGGGCUACCCGCCGAUGGCGACCAAGGCGCCCAGCAAGCUGCCAUUUGGAGCUCCGGCGCCCGCGGCCAAGGCGCCGUCGGGCUAUCCGCCGAUGGCGACGAAGGCGCCGAGCAAGCUGCCUUUUGGAGCUCCGGCGCCCGCGCCCGCGGCCAAGGCGCCGUCGGGCUAUCCGCCGAUGGCGACGAAGGCGCCGAGCAAGCUACCCUUCGGGGCGCCCGCGCCGGCGGCUGCGGCGACGAGCAAGCCGGCCUUUGGCGCUCCCGCGAGCAAGCUGGCCUUUGGCGCCCCCGCGAGCAAGCCGGCCUUUGGCGCUCCCGCGAGCAAGCUGGCCUUUGGCGCCCCCGCGAGCAAGCCGGCCUUUGGCGCCCCCGCGAGCAAGCCGGCCUUUGGCGCCCCCGCGAGCACGCCGGCCUUCGGCGCCCCCGCGAGCGCGCCGGCCUUCGGCGCCCCCGCGAGCGCGCCGGCCUUCGGCGCCGCGGCCGCGCCGGCCUUUGGCGCGGCGACGCAGGCCCUCGGCGAGACCAAAAGAGCGUUCGGCGACGCGACGCGCGCGCUCGGCGCGGCGCCGGCCGCCGCGACGCUCCCGUCGUUCAAGGAGAUCGAGGCGUCCGUCGGCGCGCCGGCCGGGGGGGCGCGCUCCGGCGAGCGCAAGGCCUACACGGUGCCCCACGACAUGGUCGUGCCGAGGGACGCGGCGGAGGCCGAGAAGUGGCGCGUCGUGCUCGACUUCGAGCAGUCCAUGGCCGACAUGCGCGAGGCCAUGCGCGCGUCGAAGGUCGAGGUCGACGCCGCCGUCGACGAGGGCCGGAGGAAGGGCGAGGACGAGCGGCGCGAGCUCCGCGAGGCCCAGGCGCUCGUGCGCGAGUACCGGGCGCAGGAGCGCGAGCUCGGCGAGAUGCGCGCGCAGCUUCUGGGGAGCUGCGAGGACGUGCGCCGCCAGUGCGCCGACGCGAAGUCGUCCCUGGAGAUCGCCGAGGGCACGCUCGCGGACUGCGACGACCCGGAGAAGAAGGCCAAGGCCGACGAGUGGGCGCGGGUCCUCGAGACGCAGCCUCUGGACGUCGCGUCGAAGGCGCGGCUCGAGCGCCUCGAGAAGCUGGCCUGCGACGUCGCGUCGACGCUCAGCGACGUCAAGCUCGCGCCGUCGGGCUACCCGCCGAUGGCGACGAAGGCGCCGAGCAAGCUACCCUUCGGGGCGCCCGCGCCGGCGGCCAAGGCGACGAGCAAGCCGGCCUUUGGCGCUCCCGCGAGCGCGCCGGCCUUUGGCGCUCCCGCGAGCAAGCCGGCCUUCGGCGCCCCCGCGAGCGCGCCGGCCUUCGGCGCCCCCGCGAGCGCGCCGGCCUUCGGCGCCGCGGCCGCGCCGGCCUUUGGCGCGGCGACGCAGGCCCUCGGCGAGACCAAAAGAGCGUUCGGCGACGCGACGCGCGCGCUCGGCGCGGCGCCGGCCGCCGCGACGCUCCCGUCGUUCAAGGAGAUCGAGGCGUCCGUCGGCGCGCCGGCCGGGGGGGCGCGCUCCGGCGAGCGCAAGGCCUACACGGUGCCCCACGACAUGGUCGUGCCGAGGGACGCGGCGGAGGCCGAGAAGUGGCGCGUCGUGCUCGACUUCGAGCAGUCCAUGGCCGACAUGCGCGAGGCCAUGCGCGCGUCGAAGGUCGAGGUCGACGCCGCCGUCGACGAGGGCCGGAGGAAGGGCGAGGACGAGCGGCGCGAGCUCCGCGAGGCCCAGGCGCUCGUGCGCGAGUACCGGGCGCAGGAGCGCGAGCUCGGCGAGAUGCGCGCGCAGCUUCUGGGGAGCUGCGAGGACGUGCGCCGCCAGUGCGCCGACGCCAAGUCGUCCCUGGAGAUCGCCGAGGGCACGCUCGCGGACUGCGACGACCCGGAGAAGAAGGCCAAGGCCGACGAGUGGGCGCGGGUCCUCGAGACGCAGCCUCUGGACGUCGCGUCCAAAGCGCGGCUGGAGCGCCUCGAGAAGCUGGCCUGCGACGUCGCGUCGACGCUCAGCGACGUCAAGCUCGUCAACGAGCACCGCGAGAAGCUCGAGGCGUCGUUGCCGAAAGCGACGGUGUCGUCCUUCUUCACGUCGCCGCGGCGCACGUCGCGCGGGCCCGGCGUUUUGGGCGACGCGACGAACGACGGGCCCAAGGCGUCGGCCGCGCCGCUGCUCAUCCGGCGCAUCAAGGCGACCUACGAGGCGUCGCUGCGGGUCACGGAGGUGACGCUGCCGGACCUUGACCGGCGCCUGAAGCUCGCCCUCGAGGAGAAGCGCGAGCUCGAGCGCCGCAUCGAGCGGUCGCGCGAGGACGCGUCGCCCGAGUCCGCGGCCGCGGGGUCCUACUUCUCGCCCGGCGGCGACGAGCCCAAGGCGCUGGCCGACGCGCCCUUCGCGUCGUCGCACGAGCACGACGAGGAGGCCCAGCUCCAGCGGAACCUGGCGGCCCUCUUCUCCCAGCCCUUCAAGACGGUCGUCCGCGACUUCCGGCCGCACGUCGUCGGGGUCGUCGGCGCCAAGCCCCCGAACUGGCGCGACCGCGCGCCGCCGCCGGGGUCCGACGGCCCGCUCCCGGCCGUCGUCGACGAGUCGCUGCGGGGCGCGGAGCACUGCGUCUGGUCCGCGAAGCGCCUCGACAAGGCGCGGCGCGAGGCCGACGAGGCCGCGCCGCUCGCGGCCGCGGCGACGCCGCCGAAGGCGCCCCCGGCGGCCGCGCCGUCGCCGAAGCCGCCGGCCAAGGGCCGGCCGCUCGAGCCCGACGCGUCGAGCCCGCCGCGCAAGGCCGACGCGCCCGCCUUCGGGGGCUUCGGCGCCGGCGCCAAGGCCGACGCGCCCGCCUUCGGGGGCUUCGGCGCCGGCGCCAAGGCCGCGGCGCCGCCGCCGCCCGCGGGGCUCGGCGCCGCGGCGCUCGGCGUCUCGGCGCUCUCCGCGUCGGCCUUCGGCGCCGCGGCCGCGCCGGCCUUCGGCGGCGGCGCCGCCGGCGGCGCGACCUUCGGCGCCGCCGCGGCCCAGUCGUCCUUCGGCCAGCCCGCGGCCGGCGGCUUCGGCGCGCAGCCCUCGGCCUUUGGCGCGCAGCCGUCCGCCUUCGGCGCCGCGCCGUCGGGCUUCGGGGCGAGCGCGCCGAGCUCCUCCUUCACGCAGUUCCGGGGGUAA